AUGGCCACGCGCGAGGCUUCCCACGCCGGUUCGUGGUACUCCUCGGACCGCGCGCGUCUCUCCAAAGAGCUGGACGGCUUCCUGGACGCCGCGGGGUCGCACGGAAGCACACCCAGAGCGCUCAUCGUACCGCACGCCGGGUACUCCUACUCCGGGCCCGCCGCGGCCUGGGGCUACAAGAACGUCGACGCUGGGGCCGGGGUCAGGCGCGUGUUCCUCCUCGGCCCGUCCCACCACGUGUUCCUCCGUCGAUGCGCGCUGAGCAAGUGCGCCGCGUACGCCACCCCGCUCGGCGACCUCGCCGUGGACCGAGGCGUGUACGAGGAACUGCGCGCCACCGGACACUUCGUCGACAUGGACGUGGACGUCGACGAGGCGGAGCACUCGCUCGAGCUCCACCUGCCGUACAUCUUCAAGUGCUUCGAGGUGCUACCCGAGAGGGAUCGACCCACGCUGGUGCCCAUCAUGGUCGGGGCGCUCAGCACCAACGCGGAGGCGACGUACGGCGAGAUCCUCGCGCCGUACCUGGACGACGACGCCAACCUGUUCAUCGUGUCCAGCGACUUCUGCCACUGGGGCAAGCGAUUCGGGUACCAGCCGUGGGACGAGGGCAGGAAAGACGUCGGGUUGCACGAGCAGAUCGAGGAGAUGGACCGGCGCGGGAUGGAGAUCAUAGAGAGCAAGGACGCGGACGCGUUCGCGGCGUACCUGAAAGAGACGGGAAACACCAUAUGCGGCCGGCACCCAAUCGGCGUGCUGCUCCAGACGCUAAGAAGGAGCGGUGGGUUCGACAAGACGAGGGUAGAGUUCACCAGGUACGAGCAGAGCAGCGCGGCGACGGGUUGGAACGACAGCAGCGUGUCGUACGCGUCCGCGGUGGUGUUUCGAGACGCGUGA